GUGCCAGUUGUAACAGAGCUUUCUCAAACGGUUGCUAUGUCCGAUGGCGGCGAACAGGCGGCUGGUGAUGCUGAAGGGCAGACAGCGCCAGAAGAGAAAAGUUCUGCCCGGGUGUGUGCCGAGACCUCCUUGGACGCACUGGCAGUCGUUGGACGUGGCGUAAUGGCCACCGGUUCGGCUUUGCUCACUGUUGUCCAAUACACUGCGUAUCCCAUCAAGGAGGGCGCCAUUUGUGUCAUGGACACCACGAGUGAGUACUUCUCUCCAUACUUGAAGAAGCAGGCAGCGAACCAUGUACCUACAUUUCGGUACGGAUGA